AUGCCAAAACGGAAAGACAUCAGCAAUGUUCUUAGAGAAGCAAUAGUUGCUUCCCAUCAAACCUGGGAGGCUUAUAAGGCCAUUUCCAAACAAUUUGAGGUCCAUCAUUCUAUGGUGAAAAAGAUUAUUCAACAGUGGGAAACAUUCAAGACAGUUGCCAAUCUUUCCAGAAGUGGAUAUCCCACCAAAAUUAACCCCAAGGUGCCUUUGCCUGCUUUGUCCCCUACAAUGCAGAAUGGAACCAUUGCUCGCUGGGAAAAAAAGGAUGGAGAUAAAAUUAAUGAAGGGGACCUUAUUGCUGAGGUAGAGACUGACAAAGCGACUGUGGGGUUUGAGAGCUUGGAGGAAUGUUACAUGGCUAAAAUUCUGGUGGCAGAAGGAACUCGAGAUGUCCCCAUUGGUUCUGUAAUCUGUAUAACUGUAGACAAACCAGAGUUUAUUGAAGCCUUUAAAAAUUACACUUUGGAUUCUGCAACCUCUGCUCCUAGUCCAGGAGCGGCUGUGGCGCCUCCUCAAACCGCUGCAGCACCGACCCCCCAGGCUGUUCAGUCCCCAGGCAGUACCUACCCCACACACAUGAAGAUUAAUUUACCAGCCUUGUCACCAACUAUGACCAUGGGCACAAUACAAAAGUGGGAGAAAAGGGUUGGCGAGAAGCUCAGUGAAGGAGACCUUCUGGCAGAAAUUGAGACGGACAAAGCCACCAUAGGCUUUGAGGUACAGGAAGAAGGUUAUUUGGCAAAAAUCCUUAUAGCAGAAGGGACGCGAGAUGUACCUCUGGGGACCCCUCUGUGCAUCAUCGUGGAGAAGGAGUCCGAUAUUGCCAGUUUUGUGGAUUACAAGGAGUCCGCUGUAGUAGAUAUUAAACCUCAACCAGCACCCUCUGCUCCGGCUGCAGGACUGCCUUCACCUCCCCCAGCAACUACAGCUCCCCCACUUGGCACACCAAGUCCUGUUUCUUCUGGUGCUAAGGGGAGGGUAUUCGUGAGCCCUCUAGCCAAAAAACUUGCAUCUGAGAAAGGCAUAGACAUCAAACAAGUAAAAGGUACUGGCCCAGAUGGCAGGAUUACAAAGAAAGAUAUUGAUGCCUUUGUACCUCCUAAGGUUACUGCAGCUCCGGCUGCUGCUGUACCAACCCAGGCAGUUACUCCUUCAUCUCCAGCUGUGGCAGCUGUUCCCACUGGGGUCUUCACAGAUGUCCCUAUUAGCAACAUCAGGAGGGUAAUUGCUCAGCGGCUCAUGCAGUCGAAACAAACCAUACCUCACUACUAUCUCUCCAUUGAUAUUAAUAUGGGAGAAAUUCUUGAAUUAAGGAAGGAGCUAAACGAGGUUCUCAAGCCUGAAAACAUCAAGCUUUCCGUGAACGACUUCAUCAUCAAGGCCUCGGCCCUGUCAUGUCUCAAAGUGCCCGAGGCUAACUCCUCCUGGUUGGACACAGUCAUUAGACAGAAUCAUGUGGUGGAUGUGAACGUGGCAGUGAGCACCCCUGCUGGUCUUAUAACACCCAUAGUAUUCAAUGCCCACAUAAAGGGCCUUGCAGCUAUUAGCUCAGAUGUGCUUUCCUUGGCAACCCGGGCACGAGAUGGAAAACUCAAACCUCAUGAAUUCCAGGGAGGAACGUUCACAGUGUCCAAUUUAGGAAUGUAUGGAAUUAAAAACUUCUCGGCUAUUAUUAACCCACCCCAGGCCUGCAUUCUUGCUGUGGGGGGAUCUGAAAAGAGGUUGUUACCAGCAGACAAUGAAAAAGGUUUUGAUGUUGCCAACAUGAUGUCUGUCACAUUAAGUUGUGAUCACCGUGUUGUGGAUGGAGCAGUUGGGGCGCAGUGGCUUGCUGAAUUUAAGAAGUUCUUGGAGAAGCCCACCACCAUGCUGUUAUAAUAGGAGAACAAAGAUCCACUACUUUCCUUGUCCCACAUGUUAUCCAAACAAGCUAUUUAUGUACUUCUGCAUCAAAAGACUCCUAAAUACAUCACUUUUUUUCUUUUUAUUUAAAAGAACAAACAAA